AUGGCUCUACAACUAUUGAAGCUCCCAUGGUGGGAAGAACUGCAAGCGUUACAGAUUCUUCAACUUCUUCUUCUCUUCAUUCCUUCUUUAUUCAUUAUAUUAAAGUUUGCUAGACAAGCCGAGAAAUCCAAUUUGCCACCAUCUCCACCAAAGCUUACCCUUAUUGGAAACCUUCACCAGCUAGGGACACUCCCUUAUCGCUCUCUUAGAGAUCUUUCUUACAAGUAUGGACCUCUCAUGUUCAUGCAAUUGGGCUCUUCACGAACUCUUGUAGUUUCCUCUGCUGAGAUUCUUGAAGAGAUCACAAAGUCUAGAGAUAUUGUGUUUUCAAAUAGGACCAGAAUGGCUGCCGGUGAGAAGCUCUUCUAUGGCUGGAGCGACUUGGCGUUUGCACCCUACAGUGAGUAUUGGAGACAGGUGAGGAAGUUUUGUGUACUUGAGCUCUUGAGUGUUAAGAGGGUACAGUCAUUUAAGUUUGAUAGAGAAGAAGUAGUUGGUAUCAUGAUUGAGAAGAUAAAUCAUUCAUCACAAAUUGAAAACCCAGUUAAUAUAUCUGAUUUGCUACUCAUUACAUCCAAUAACUUGAUCUCACGAAUUGCUUUGGGUGGGAAAUACCAUGGAGAAGACAACAACGAGAGCAAAGUAUGGGCAGAGGAGACUAAGAACCCUGGUAGGGAUAUCCCAAUUGGUCUUGUAGGAUCCAUGACAAUCACCACAUUUGCUUACUGCUUAAUGGCAGCCACACUUUGCCUAAUGCAACCCUAUGAUCAGAUUGACCCUGAUGCUCCAUUCUCUAUAGCUUUCAAGGCCACAGGAAUGGAUUGGGCUAAGUACAUUGUUGCACUUGGGGCCUUAAAGGGUAUGACAAGCGUUUUAUUAGUCAGUGCAAUGGGUCAAGCAAGGUACCUUACUCACAUUGCUAGGACACAUAUGGCCCCUCCUUGUUUGGGUUAUGUCAAUGAGAAGUUUGGGACACCCAUUAAUGCCACAAUUGUAAUGCUUGUUGCCACUGCUGUCAUUGCUCUGUUCACUGACCUUAAUAUCCUUGCCAACCUCCUCUCUAUCUCAACUCUAUUCAUCUUCAUGCUUGUUGCGAUCGCUCUCCUCAUCCGGAGGUACUACGUGAGCGGUAUAAGCUCAUUGAGACACCAAAUCUUCUUUAUCACAUUCAUUCUAGUUAUUCUUGCAUCAUCUGCUGCAAUUGCAGUAUGCUGGGCAAUAGAAGUGGCAAGUUGGAUACCAUUUCUACUUACAUUGAUUGUGUGGUUCCUUUCGACACUUGGACUAAGGUUGUUUGUUCCACAAGCUCGGAAUCCAAAGCUAUGGGGUGUUCCCCUAGUACCCUGGUUGCCAUCGGCAUCGAUUGCUAUCAACAUCUUCCUUUUAGGCUCCAUCGACGCGAAGUCAUACAUGCGGUUUGCAGUAUGGACUGGUGGCCUCUUGGUGUACUAUUUGUUCUUUGGGCUCCAUGCUUCAUAUGAUGCAGCAAGGGAGUCAAGUGACAAGAGGGCAGAGGCUGCUAAACAACUGCAAAAGAUGGAAGAGGGAUCGACGAAUUCUCAAAUGGGGGCAGACAUGAAUACAUGUGGUUAGAUUUGUGGAAAUAUGAUUUGGUUUUGUAAAAUCUUAUUGUAAUCGAAGUUGUCAAAGAGGAAAUUGUAAACUAACUCUUUUUUGUCCUUUUUGUAAA